AAAAGAAAAACUUCAAAAAUUUAAAGGAAAAAGAAAGAAAAUCUUUAAGGAGGAGGGAAUGGCGUGCAUGACGAUGGCAAUUUCUUCACAGUCUCUCAAUUUCAACUUUUUUUCAUGGUCUAGACCUUUUUUGCAGCGGUUUUUUGUUAGGUGUUGCCAUGAUCAUGUUAUCAGCUGUCAGAAUACCACAAGCAUCAGUUUCCCUCAUAGGCAACAGGAUCUAUGUGGGAGGCUAUCGUAUCCCUGCAACCUCCACCAGGGAAGUCUCAGAUUUUUGUCUAAGCCGAUAUCUGCGGUUGGUUCAGGUUCAAAGGCAUCAAUUAUUGAUCCAAAGGACAAUGACAUAACCAUAAAAAAUGCCAAGAUAGUUGUAGAAUCUCAAGAAGAUGAUGAGAUACAACUAAGAGUGGAUGUGGCAGGGGUGGACACUCAGAGGGUGUUUGAUCAUGUUUUGACAAAUUUAGCUCGUUCUGCACCACCAAUUCCAGGUUUUCGCAGACAAAAAGGAGGAAAAACAUCAAAUGUCCCAAAGAGUUUUCUUCUACAAAUCCUGGGGGAAGAGCGAGUCACCAAGUUUGUCAUACAAGAAAUAAUUACGGCCACCGUCUCUGAUUAUGUAAUGAAGGAAAAUCUGAAUGUGAAGGAUAAGAAGAUUACAACAACACCAGCAGCUGAAGAACUCAAGUCAUUGUUUACUCCAGGAAAUGAAUUCGGAUUCAAUGCGACAUUGGAGCUUGAGAAAUCAGAAAGUGAAGCAACAAGUUCAAGCUCCUCUGAGAUGGAAUGAUCUUCACCUUGCCUGAAACCAUUGUUCCUUCAUUUUUUUAUUGAUCUCGGGUUGAUAUCAGGUCAUCUUCAAAGGUAAUUGAUGCAACAUCAAUACUUUGACUUAGAAAUCUGUAUGCAUAUCAUUCUGAAGAACUCAAGUUCUGUUUGGUUACAUUCAGAUUCAGGACAUGAAAAAAUGUUCAAUUUUCUCCUAA